AUGCAGGUUCACGAUUAUACUUGGAUUUUUGCAGUAUCUAUGAUUGCCGCCUUUGGUGAUGCCUUUGGUAUUGGUGCCAACGACGUAGCAAAUUCGUUUGCCACUUCCGUUUCUUCUGGUUCUCUCUCUCUUGCUCAGGCUUGUGUUAUUGCAUGCUUUACCGAAUUUCUUGGUGCCGUCUUGCUCGGUGCAGGUACCUCAGAGACCAUUAAGGGUGGCAUUAUUUCCGUUGCUCUCUUCGUCGAUAUUCCCGAAACCUUUAUGCUUGCAAUGACUUGUGCUAUUAUUGGUUCUGCAUGUUGGGUUAUUUUUGCUACCCACAUGGAAUGGCCCGUUAGUUCUACCCACUCUAUCGUCGGUGCUAUCAUUGGUGUUGGUAUCGCAGGUUUUGGUGGCAAUGCUGUUGACUGGUCUUGGGGUGGUGUGAGCAAGAUCAUUGCUUCUUGGUUCAUUUCCCCUAUCAUUGCUGGUUGUGUUUCCGCUGUAAUCUAUCUCAGUGUCAAGUAUACCGUUCUUCGCAGAGAAGACAGUUUCAAGUGGGGUCUCCGUUCUGUUCCUGUCUACUUUUUCAUUACUACUGUCAUCGAAGCCUUUUACAUCAUCUACAAGGGUGCACCAGGUACUGAUGCCGCCAAGAUGUCUACUGGAACUAUUGUUGGAAUUUCCUUCGCUGUUGGUACCUUCUUUGCCUUCUUUGCUUGGUUCUUUGUCUGCAACUGGCUCAAACGCCGCAUUAAGGGCCACGAAGAUUUGAAGUGGUACCAUGUCUUUAUCUCUCCUUUCCUCUCCAAGCACCCCGAACUCCAUGCCCCCACAACUACCGGAGCCGUCCCUCCCCAGAUCGGAGAAGAUGGCAAUCCUAUCAGUGAAGUUGCAACCACCGCAAGUGACUCCAAGGGAGCUGUUACCGAAAAAGAAUUGGCCUUUGUCCAAGAAAUCCCCGAGCCCAAGAACGACUUCAAAUCCAAGAUGGUUUCAAUCAAGGACCGUGCUAUUGGUUUGGCUCUUCAUGGUGUCCGCAAAGAUGUCCGUAAUCUCGACAAUGAACAUCUCAAGAAAGUUCACGCAGCUGCCGAAUUGUACGAAGAUGAUGCCGAAUACAUGUUCUCUUUCCUCCAGGUUUUGACUGCCUGUAUGGCCUCAUUUGCCCACGGUUCUAAUGAUGUAUCCAAUGCUGUUGGUCCCGUUGCAGCCGUUUUUGGUGUCUGGCAGACUGCUGCCGUCGAUGUUGGAGGCAAGGUUCCAGUCCCUGUUUGGAUUCUUGUUUACGGUGGCGUUGCUAUCGAUCUUGGUUUGGCUACCAUGGGAUACAAGAUUAUGCGUACCAUGGGUAACAAUAUUACUUACUUCAGUCCCAGCCGUGGUUUCAGUGCCGAAUUGGCUACUGCUCUCACUGUCCUCACCUGUUCAAAGCUUGGUCUUCCUGUCUCUACCACACAUUGUAUUACUGGUGCAACCGCUGCAAUUGGUCUUUGCAAUGGUAACCUCAGCGCCGUCAAUUGGAAAAUGCUUUCCUGGUGUUUUGCUUCAUGGGUUAUUACUCUUCCCUGCGCUGGUCUCGUUGCCGGUCUUCUAUUCUCAUUCGCUGCUUAUGCCCCUGCUCUGGUCAAGUAA